AUGGGCUCCCGUGUUAGGAAAUUGGGGUUUGGGUGGGUUGAAUCGAGUGGUGAGUAUAAGGUGUUUGUUGUUGUGGAAACCAAUAGGAAACUGGUUGGUAAAGUUUAUAGUUCAAAGACAAAAUCAUGGAAAACAAUUGAGAUCUGCGAUUAUUUAUAUGCAUGUCGGCCAAGGGGGUUGUUUGCAGGUGGGAAGCUUUACUGGUAUAACGGAUGUAUUAUUAUUUUCUUGGACUUGAAGAGUGAGGUGUUUGGAAGGAUUGAGAUUCCCUACAAAGAUAUUGGCUUUAAAAUGGACUACUUCGUGGGUGUGCUUGGUGGUUGCCUUUGCGUGCUAUAUUAUAAUCCUUCAUUUCCUGAUCGAAGAGGCCUUCGAGUUUCGAGAGUUUGUGUUAUGAAGGAGGCUUGGGAGGAAGUGGUGACUCUUUGUCAUCUUAAUGAGCUUCUUCAACCACCAUUGGUAAGUCUAAAUGGACAGAUUUUGGUAGAUUGUGGAUCCACUUUGUUGGUUUACAGUGCCCGUGAUAAUGUCUUUCGAUUUACCAAGGUUUCUUCGGGUUUACGUUCAUAUGUCUAUGUUGAAAGUUUACUCUCGCCGGAAGAUGUAUGA